AUGAAGUUCUGGAUCAUCGCCCUCCUCACCAUGGUCAGCACCACCCUGGCCAACGAGACCGUGGAGAUGAGCGACCGCGCCCUGGCAGCAUGUAAGCGAUACGGUUACAGCGAAGGCGACGACUGCUGCAGCUACCACGAUUGUUCUUCUUGUGGCUUCUACCAGCGUUGCUGCUGGAAACCAGAGGGUUUCGCGACCAAUUCGGUUAUGGGAAAGGACGUUUCUUUGUAG